AUGAGAUAUAAAGAUUCAGAUCUGUCCUCGCCCACUGAUAUAGUUGAUGCUUUUGGGGAAUUUUUUGAUAGCGUGUAUAUUAAUUCUGAUCCUUUAUAUGCUGAUAGCUUAAUAAGUGAUAUUGCUCCGCAACUAAAUGUUUCUGUUGACUCUGUUACUGAGGAGGAUAUUCUAUUUGCAUUGAAAAAGUCAAAAGACACCAUGACUGCAGGACCUGAUGAAAUAAUUGACAAUAGAGGUCAAGUGGAUUCAAUUUAUAUGGACAUAAGCAAAGCUUUUGAUCAGAUUGAUCACUUUAUAUUACUGAGUAAAUUAAAAGCGUAUGGGUUUUCUGAUCAACUGAUUUCAUUUUUUCGUGAAUAUCUUACCAAAAGGGAACAAAGA